CAUCCGAAAGCCAACACCGACGUCGACGCCAACGUUGACGUCGAUGUCGACGUCGACGUCGCGAGGCUGACGAAUCAAAACAGCGACAAGCUGUGGCCAACGGGACUGCUCGAUCCCUCAGAGCCGACAGCAUCACGUCGACACAAUCAGCACCACCCGUGCCUCCACCACCGACAGCAACAGCAGCAGCAACAACAACAACAACAACAACAACCGCAGCAACAGCAACAACAAGCCAAGUCAGGAGACGGUUGCGUCUGGACGACGGGCAGUCGGGCCGCUGCGGCCAAUCCGGAGCCGAGUGUCGGGCUCGGAGAACGCGGCAGCCAACUGGUGGCCGGUUGGCUCGAUCUGCUCGGCCCAAAGACGUCUUCACCGCGGCCGUCAAGUCCGGUCGCCACGGCAACAGUAGAGUCGGCUUGGCCUGGCGGUCGGCUGGCCAGGGUCUUCGCCCGGCCGCCUUGGUUGCAGCCUGGCCUAUUGUGGACGAGUGUCGAGGCGAAGGCGGCUCUGUUGGCCGGCUCUUGGCCGCUCAGCUCCGGCGCAUCCAACGGCGUCAAGCUCGAGUCGGUGCCCGGACUCGAGCCGUGCGUCGACGAGGCGGCCGAGCCGCGACUCGCCGUCGCCGUCGCCGUCGAGGCCGGACGGACUGAGUCGACUGCAGCGCCCCUCGCCGACGUGUUGCCCACGUCCGCUCUGCAAACGGACAGUUUGAUCGCGGCCAUCCGCAGCCUCCAGUCGGCCCUUCGUGAGAACACUUUCGAGACACGCAGACACGAACAGCUCGCCUCGGCUCGCCUGAACAGCCUCAACGCGCACUUUGAUCCAUUCCGCCGCCGCAACGGCGAGGCCAACGGCGACGUCGAGGGUGGCGGGAAGGCCUUUCGCGUUCGCCGGCUACGUCGCAACGUCCAUUCGUCCACCGCCGGCCCGACAACGCAGCUUCGGCCGGCCAAUUCAGUGCAGGCCUCGGUCGGGCAGGUCGAGACGGGCCUACCGAACGGUGACUUGCACGCACACACCAACACGACCAGAUCCGCGGCGUCGGCGUCGGCGUCCGCGUCCGCGUCUGCGUUGGUGUCUGAAAGCGGCGCCGGCUCCGAUUCUUUCGCAUUUGCCCUCUCUCCAUCGGCCUAUUGUCCAAGUCCGAGCCAAAGUCCGAGCCCCAACAUGAACAUAAACAUGAUCACCAGCAGCAAUACGAAGUGGAACUCCGACUGGACUCCGACCCUGCAGGCGCACGAGCAUCCGGACGCGAUAGCUGCCAUUCAGAGCGCCGGAGAAGACGACGGAGAGGCUCUGGACGGGCUGGAAGAGCUUCCCGAGAAGCGGCUGGCCGGAGUGAGGAGUCGGUCGACGCGUCGGCGAUCUGCCGGUUCACAUGCCGUCGUCCACAACAGCCAUCCGCAGACACAGCGAGCCUUAGAGAGAGGCGGACAUCUGGUGCGUCGAUCAUCAAACAUCGCGGGUCGUUGUGCCGAUUCGCUGAAGAAACGAGCCGAAAAAGUGAGUAGACCAUAA